AGAACAAUGCUGAAGUUUAUACGUGGAAAAGGCCAACAACCUUCGACGGAGCGGCAGAAGCUGCAGAAGGAGCUGUUUGCAUUUCGUCGGACGGCUCAACAUGGCUUCCCGCACAAACCAUCGGCUCUGGCGUACGAUCCGAAAAGCAAGCUGAUGGCCAUCGGCACGAACAGUGGUGUCAUCAAAGUCUUCGGUCGUCCGGGUGUGGAGUUCUACGGGCAGCAUACCUCUCCCGGCAACAAUCCGGCUGAACUGAUUGUACAGAUGCUGGAAUGGAUUCCGGGCACCGGCCGACUACUAUCGUUGACCGCCUCAAACCAGCUGAUCCUGUGGGAACCCGCCGGAACGAUGCUGGUUGCCAUCAAGAACCUGGCGUUCGAUGGAAAGUUGAAGAAAAUUUCCUCUCUCUGCUGCUCGUACAUGAAGGACACGGUGUGGAUUGGCACCGAGGGUGGCAACGUGUACCAGUUCGAUGUGCGCAAGUUUAGCGUGAAGGAAUCGGUCAUCUACCACGACGUUGUGCUGGAGCAGCUUCCAACGUCGUACCGGCUCAAUCCGGGAGCGAUAGAAUCGGUUAAGCAGCUGCCCAACAAUCAUAACCUGCUGCUGAUCGCGUACAACCGUGGGCUGGCCGUGCUUUGGGACUUGGAGUCGGCUAGUGUGAAGCAGUCGUUCAUAUCACCCGGCCAUGGGCAGAGUGUGGGGUUGUUCAUUGCGCAAGAUGCAACGCAGUUCACGUGGUACCAUGCGGAUGGAUCAUUCGCCACCUGGGACCUGGACAGUCCGAUUCCACCGGAAAACCAGAAGUACGUUCCGUACGGUCCCGACCCAUGCAAGGCGAUUGAUCGGCUGAUCCGAGGCCAUCGGGGCCGGUGCGAGUUGGUUGUCUUCUCGGGUGGAAUGCCUCGUUCGGCUUACGGCGAACAUCAAUGCGUUUCGGUGCACUGCAAGGACGGCACGAAGGUGGCCUUUGAUUUCACUUCCAAAGUAAUCGACUUUUUCGUGACGUUCAACGACGUGCGACCGGAACAGGCGGAAGUGUUGGUCGUCCUGUUAGAGGAAGAGCUGGUCGCGUACGAUCUGACCGAUGAAACGUUGCCGCAGAUCAACGCACCCUAUCUGCAUUCGCUGCAUGCGUCGGCCGUCACUUGCAACCAUCUUGUGUCGCAAGUGUCUCCGGAUGUGUACUCCAAGAUCAGGCUGGCCGGAGAGCUGCAGAUGGCUGAUUAUAGCUGCAAAAUCUGGCCGAUUACUGGGGGUUUUGUGCCAAACGAAGCCGCGGAUGAUGAAGAGCAGGGCAUGGAACGAGAUGUGCUAAUUACCGGACACGAGGAUGGUUCGGUGAAGUUCUGGGACUGUUCAGACGUUUGUCUAACUCCGCUGUUGCACGUUAAGACGGCGCCAUUGUUUAACAACAGUGAUGACUUCGAGAGCAACCUUAAUGCCUCCACCGAGCAGUUGGAAGAUGGUGAACCGCCGUUCCGCAAGGCCGGCCAGUUCGAUCCGUACUCGGACGAUCCUCGGUUGGCGGUGAAAAAGGUGCAGCUGUGCCCGCAAACGGGAACGCUAGUUAUAGCCGGUACGGCAGGCAACGUGGUGAUGGCCAACUUUAAUGCUCUUACACAUGCACCGGAAGAAACGGAAUCGCUCGGACCGUUAAAGGUAACAACGAUGAACUUGGUGAGCGAUCGCGAUGGGUUUGUCUGGAAGGGACACGAUCAGCUGAAGGUGAAGCGGCAGUUGCUGGAUGAAAAUGUACCCAUCAUCGAGGGGGUGAACUUCCUUGGCGUGCUCCAGGUGUUGCCACCGGCAGCCGUAACCUGUAUCGCGAUGCAAAGCAAGUGGUCACUGGUCGCCGCAGGAACUGCUCACGGACUCGUUCUGUUCGAUUACCAGAACCAAACACCGGUGCUACAUAAAUGCACGCUAAAUCCCAACGAUCUCACUGGUGCCGGUGAAACACUUUCCCGUCGAAAGUCGUUCAAAAAGACGUUGCGUGAAUCGUUCCGGCGCCUACGCAAAGGUCGCUCAACGCGAAACAAUCCCAAUGCUGCCGGUGCUGGUGGUCAGCAUCAACAGUCGGCUGCAGAAACGCGCCCGAUUGAGCGCCAAAUCGAGGCUCGCCCAGUGGACGACGGCAUGGGUUCAAUGGUGCGCUGUUUGACGUUCGCCCAAACGUUCAUCACCAAUCAAAACGUGUACAUUCCAACACUCUGGGCCGGCACCAAUUCCAGCUGUGUGUCGGUAUUCGUGUUGCACCUUCCGCCGAAGGCACCGGCAGCCGCGUCGGGAGAAAAUGGGUCUGAUGAGACGACUGCGGCGGCGGUAGUUACACCACCGGUUACUGGGAAACUGGCCAAGGAGAUCCAGAUGAAGCAUCGUGCUCCGAUCAUUGGCAUUGCGGUUGUGGAUAAUAAUGGCGUUCCAUUGGAGCUUCAGAACGUACCAGGUCCAGCACCGCAUCGUGUGCUAAUUGCUUCCGAGGAGCAGUUUAAGGUGUUUUCGCUACCACAGUUGAAGCCGGUAAACAAGUACAAGCUAACCGCACACGAAGGAGCCCGCGUACGGCGUAUCGCGUUCGCCACAUUCAUGUGCACCGUUCCAACCUCCAGCGUAGUACAUUCGAGCCCGCCAAAAGCCGUACACAAAGCAGCCCCAGCAACGGCUGCAUCAUCUCCGCAGGCAGCAGAUUCUACGUCACCGGCCGAUAAUAAUACCAGCGUAAAUGAAAAUAACGCUGCGUCGGAUAUAACGACGCAUUACGAGAUAAGUUUACUAUGCUUGACCAAUCUGGGAGAUUGUCUGGUGCUGACCGUUCCGGAGCUUCGCCGUCAAUUAAAUUCGGCUGCGGUGCGCCGUGAAGAUAUUAAUGGUAUAUCAUCACUUUGUUUCACAAACCAUGGUGAAGCGCUCUACAUGAUGUCAUCUUCGGAAGUACAACGAAUCAGCCUGUCGGCCACAAAGAUUGUGGCUCCGAAUGGUAUGAUUGAUGUAGAAGAUUGGACGCCACCAGGUGAUGACGUACCGGUAGAAGAAGAUAACGACCCAGAACCGCAGCCGCAGGAUAAGAGCGAAGUUACAUCUGAACGGGAGGUUGAUGAUGCGCCAGCUGCGAAAGUCGAACCGAGCUUGGCCACUGAAAAGCUCACAGCAAGCACAACGCUUUUGACGAAUGGCACCUCAAAUCCGCGACUUAGCAAUGGUAUGGCCAGCGCAGAUGACGCUUCCCCGAAUAAAGCGAACGAAACGAUCACGAGCUCCAUCGGGGAUAUAACGAUCGAUUCCGUUCGGGAUCAUUUGAACUCGACCACGACCACUCUCUGUUCUACCACGACCGAGGAAAUAGUCGGUCGAUUAUCGGUGUUGAGCACUCACACGUCCCAGUCAUCUUCAACGGCCAAGAACAGUGAAAUAUUGAGCCUGAAUUCAUCUAACAUCGGGAACCUCAAAGGAAUCGGGGAUACAACGGAAAAAUCAUCCAACACGGCUAUUAUAAAAUCCAUCAUCACAACGGUCAAACAUGGCUCGAACGUCACGAACGGAGAUUCGAAGGAAACAAACAGGACCUCCGCAACGACAACCACUACGACAAGCACAACAGUUAACGGCACCGAUGCAGUUCCGCCACCCUUACCAUCUACGGCGCCACCGUUGAUAACGGUACUGCGAAAGGAGAGCCAAUUCUAGGGGCUUUCCGUAAUCGAUUACCCAUUCCCAUCCGACCUUCACUGCUAGAGCCGGUUGUAAGUCGAAAUUCCUGAAUAUCGCCAAUCGUGCCGACGUCGUGAAGGAAGAUACACAGGCACUAAUGCGCUAGUAUUGCGAUGCGGCUGUUAUAAUGAAAAAAAAAAAAGAAAUGACGGUACGAGUAGCUAAACACGACAAAAGUAUUAGAGUAACUACUUUAAAACCACGCAGCUGAAACUAAGAGACGAAUUUUAUAAGCAUGCACGAACACGACAGCCCCAAUAAACCGACCGUCACCAAUUAUGCCUUUCCUCGCCUGAGUGGGUUACAGAGUAUAAAAUAAAACAUUACAUACUAUCGACAACGACGACGAUUAAUCCCAUCAUAUUCCGACAAGCAGUUUGUGGCUCAGAUGAAAAAUGAACAAAUCUAUGGAAUGUACAAUUUUCGAAUCGAACCCUUUUGGAACGGAUUCAAUAAGUGAUCAACUCAAUGGAGGACAAAACUAUACAGAUUAGGUUCCGCCAACAGUUCCCCAAGGCAACGAGGUACAUUUUUACAGCUGUACGGUAACUUUAAGGUUAAGUUUUUUUUACCAUAAGGCUGGGCAUUUGUCGGUCUGCUGCACUGUUAGCAAUUAAGCGAAUGUUAAGGCACCUUAACGUUGUUGCAGUUGCACAGGAGUGUGCUGAGGGCCAACAUUAUUUCAAAAUUGUUCUUUACAAAAAAGCGGCGCGCAGUUCUUUCUGCGGUAACGACCUUUUUCUGGCGCGAACAUCGAACGACGGUAUUUUGUGGUAGAUUCAAACGAACGACAGAAAGGCCUUAGAAGAUUGCGCGAAAAUGAUAGAUUUCUUAACAGUAGUAUUAAGCAAAGGUUUCUUAACAUUUUUAGUGGUAUCUUUCCUCCAUGCCAACCGGUACGAGUACUGGAAAAAAUUAACGGAAUUUUACAACCGUUGUGCUCUAUUGAUGAUGUUGCAUACCUGCGCGUUUGGAGCAUGCUACGUAGAAAUAACACGAAAAACCAUGGCUCCAAACCGAUGCAUGCUAUUAUUGCAUACAAAACAAGACAGUCCAUAUACGAAACAAGACCCUAUUGGACGGGUGGAUGAAUUUUUAACGCGAGAAUUGUUUACAAAAUCGACAAAACGAUCACAUAAGAAAGAAAAUUACAAGAGAGAAAGUGAGCGAGAGAGAAAAAAAAGGAAGACAGCUUUUUAUAUCGUAAAGUUGGUUGAUUUUUAUAUUUUAAACUAAAAAUAUAUGAAAAAUUGAUUUAUGUAUGAAGCUUUUUUCUAGUUUUAAGCGAAACAUGUCUUCGAACAGAAUUAUA